ACGAGAUGUCCUAGGUGCGCGGCCAUCAAAGAAGUUCUCCCAGACAACCGGGAGAUCGCGCUCAAGCUGCGAAACAACGCCGACAAACGCACCUGGGACUGCUGUGUAUAGGACAUCGGAGGAGACUGUUCAUGAGGGCUGAGAGCGACCUGCUCGUGGAGAUGGGCGUCAAGGACACCGCGUCUCAGUGCACAACCGUGCAAGCGCCGUGCACCGUGCAAGGAGCCCGGUGCCAGACGGAGCUCGUAUCCAGGGGCACCAGACGCCUGCUGAUAUACAGGAGGCUGCAGAGUGAACUGGAAGAGACUACAUCCAGGAUGCAGGCAGAAGGCAACGCAAUCAAGGCCACCAUAGUGCAGCUGGAGGAAGCAAAGGCCACUCUCGUGGCAGAGGUGUCGCAACCGAACAACAGGAGCACGCAGCUGAACAUUCGCAUCUCUGGACUGGAGAACGAGCUGCAGCUGACGAAUACCACAACUGCCACGCUUCAGUCUCGGCUUUCUAUUCAAGCAAGCCACUUUCAAACGCUUCGCCAACAGCUCGCCGACAAGGACCAGCAGAUUGCUGCACUUGACGAGAAGUCAGCUGCUUCUGAUGCCAUGAACCAGGAGCUACUCAAGUCAAACGCCGAGCUUAACGCAGCUUUAAGAACGUCGGAAGUGGAAAAGGUGGCGCAGGCCGAAAGGACUCGAAGCCUACAGUAG